CGUGCAGCGCCAAAGCCGGACACACGAUUGAAGGAGUCAAUAAUGGAAGCUCUUACGUAAACAAGAACCAAUAAACAUCAAUAAAUAAUACUCUUCAAAAGCAGAUACAUGGGAUGCUGAGAGUGAGAUCCAAUUUGAAUUGAUGAAAUAUACAGAACUUAUUCACAAGAAGAUAAUACGUUUUUCCAAGGCAAUGAAUUAUCACACGAGUCAGAGAUUGAUCAACCAUAUCAAACGAUGGCCUGGAAGAAAUAGAUGUUUUGCUUCAAAGCCCAAUGUCAAGGCUAAAAAAGAUGAAAAAUGGAUCAGUGUUGUCGGGCUGGAAAUUCAUGCUCAAAUUCAGUCCAAUUCAAAGUUAUUUUCAGGGGCUAGUACUGAAUAUGCUAGUCCAAUAAACUCGAAUGUUUCGUUCUUUGACUGUGGAACACCUGGCACGCUACCGGUAUUGAAUAGGAGAUGCGUAGAAGCAGGGAUAUUGACAGCCCUAGCAUUGUCCUGCAAAAUAAAUGAAGUGUCGUUAUUCGAUAGGAAACAUUACUUCUAUGCAGAUUUACCUGCAGGCUAUCAAAUAACUCAGCAACGUCAGGCUUUAGCCGUCAAUGGGAUGUUGAAUUUUCAAGUAAUCGGGUCUACAAUACAUCGACAGCCUUACAGAAAAGUUUCUAGAAUCAAACAGCUGCAACUUGAGCAAGAUAGUGGAAAAAGUUUACAUGAUCCAACAUAUAGGAGAAGUUUGGUAGAUUUGAACCGAGCUGGUGUACCAUUAAUGGAAUUGGUAUUUGAACCAGAUUUGUCAGAUGGUGAGGAAGCUGCUGCGUUAGUCAAAGAAAUUGUGCUCAUUUUUCAGAAAUUGGGAACAUGCUCCUGCAAAAUGGAGGAGGGUGCUCUUCGGGUUGAUGCGAAUAUAUCGGUGAAUCGGCCAGGAGAACAAUUAGGUGUUCGAACAGAGGUUAAAAAUAUCGGAAGUAUUCGGUCAGUCGCAUCUGCUGUGAAGUAUGAAAUUGACAGACAAAUCGCUGUAAUUGAUAAUGGUGGUUUUAUAGUCAAUGAAACGAGGUCUUGGGAUGCUGAAAAUCAGCUAACAGUUCCAAUGCGAGACAAAGAAGAAAAACAGGAUUAUCGUUAUAUGCCAGAACCAAAUCUACCUCCUCUGUAUGUGCAUUUAAAUGAGGGAAAAGAAAACAAGUACGGAUUAGUUGAUGUCUUACUUCUGAGAGACAGUCUUCCCGAGCUUCCUCAAAAAACGCGAGAUCAUCUUGAAAAUGAAUACAGAUUGGACUUGACGACUGCUGCUAUACUCGUGAAUGAGGGUAAAUUACUGAACUUAUUUCGAGCCAUUAUCAGAGAUAAUAAUAAGAGAGACCCAAAGUUGGUUUCAAACAUAUUGAUCAACCACCUACUUGCGCUGAUUAAUAAAGAGCUACUGGAUUUGGAAACUUGCAAAUUGAACGAGCGGCAUCUUGGUGAAAUAAUUGACAUGCUGCAAAAUAAAUCAAUCAAUUUGAUCAUUGCCAAACAAGUACUGGAAUCUUGCAUAAAAGAUCCAUUGUUAAGUCCAUACGAGAUCGUCAGAGAUAAAAAACUGGGCAGGAUAUCGGAUGAAAAUGAAUUAAUUCAAAUAUGUAAAGAUGUUCUACAUGAAAAAUCGGAUGUUGUUAAGAAGUAUAAAAGUGGAAAGAAGAAAGUAUUCAAAUCCCUGAUCGGCUCUGUCGCUCAGCAGACCCAAGGUCGAGCUGAUAUGGCUGCUGUUGAACGUAUACUAUACAAACUAUUGGACGAUUAGGGUCUGCAAAUAUGAGUGUCAUUUUCUCAAUAUGUUUUAACCUUAUUAUAUAUGAAAAUAACAAACUGUAAAUACAUGGUUCUUUGUAAUAUGAA